CGAGCGUCACUUGUCUAAUCUUUGUUUUGCUCUAAGUUCACAAUUACGAAAUUUGUAAUAAUUGGGCAGCAGUGUGUGUGUGGCGUGCCCCGGCCAGCCUGCCCCUGCCCCCCUGCCAGUGUGAAGGCCCCCGCCCCCCAAAGGCCCAGAUGUGGUGGCAGGCCUCACCCUGAUGGCCUUGUAACACCCUAACACACUGACACACCCCCUGCCGCCCUCCCUGCCCCGGCCACCAUGUGCUCACCCUGAAUGGUUCCCUGCACCCUGAUAUCUGAAGAAAGAUGACGAAUGCCCCCACUUCUGCGGAUGCUUGCCUGAGCAUUGUGCACUCCCUCAUGUGUCACCGGCAGGGAGGAGAACCGGAGGGCUUUUCCAAACGUGCCAUUGAAAGUCUCGUUAAAAAACUCAAGGAGAAACGUGAUGAACUGGACUCGCUCAUCACCGCCAUCACCACAAACGGCUCCCACCCCAGCAAGUGUGUCACCAUUCAGCGCACUCUGGACGGCCGGCUGCAGGUGGCGGGGCGCAAGGGGUUCCCUCAUGUGAUCUACGCACGAAUCUGGCGGUGGCCGGACCUGCACAAGAAUGAGCUGAAGCACGUCAAGUACUGCCAGUUUGCCUUUGACCUCAAAUGUGACUCAGUGUGCGUCAACCCGUACCACUAUGAGCGCGUUGUUUCCCCAGGCAUUGCAGACUUGACGGGACUCAGUCUGCAUAUGGAGUGUGACGUCAGUGGGGGCAGCAGCACGGGGCCACAGGACACCUCGGUCGGCCCUGGACCCUCUGGCAUCUCAGGGCUGUCCAGUUCUCAGUCCAGUGCCAACUCCCCGGCCCAGCCAGCCGGACCCCAGGCUAGCCCCACGUCCUCACAGAGUGGCUCAAUGCACCAAACAGUGUCCGCCUCAGCCCAGACCAUCCACUCCAUGCCCCACCAGCCCUCCUCCUACUCUCUCCUCUCCCCCACAGACAGCACCUCCAGUCACAUGUCCCAAGGCCUUCAGUCACCCACAGCCUCCACCCCAGGGAGUCAGACUUUCUUCACCGACUCUGUGCCGUCCGCCAGCCUCAGCCAGCCUCACCCAACGCAGCAACCACCACCACCACAACCACCACAGCAGUCACCGCAGCAGCAACAGCAAAUACAACAGCAACAGCAGCAGCAGAAUGGCUUCACCGUAUUGGGGGCUGGUGGCGGUGGUGGCAGUGGGGGGGGAGGGGGAGGGGUGCAGGCUGUGGGGUCACCGUUUAGCCAAGCGGGUGCGGGGAGUGUACCCACAGCCUCUCCCUCCCCACAGCAAAACCCCCUACCCCAGCCCCACCCCGUGUCAUCUCAUUCCAUGCCCCAACCUAACUGGAGUGGCCACAAUACUCUGUCGUACACCCCAACCAUGAUGGGAGACCGCCAGAACCACAAUUACUGGGAGCAGCCGCCCAUGAUGCAGGAUGUCCCCAUUGUGCCCCUCUCCUCUCAGCCUGGUCCGGAGUUCUGGUGUUCCAUCGCUUACUUCGAACUGGACACUCAGGUAGGGGAGACGUUUAAGGUGCCGUCAAGCUGCCCGUCUGUCACAGUGGAUGGGUAUGUGGACCCCUCAGGAGGCAACCGCUUCUGUCUUGGCGCCCUCAGCAAUGUCCACCGCACAGAGCAGAGUGAAAGAGCAAGAUUGCACAUAGGGAAGGGCGUUCAGCUGGACCUGCGAGGGGAGGGGGACGUGUGGCUGCGGUGCCUGAGUGACCACAGCGUGUUUGUGCAGAGCUACUACCUGGACAGGGAGGCGGGCAGGUCACCGGGCGAUGUGGUGCACAAGAUUUACCCGUGUGCCUGCAUCAAGGUUUUUGACUUGAGCCAGUGCCACCGCCAGAUGCAGGCUCAGGCCACCACGGCUCAGGCAGCAGCAACAGCCCAGGCAGCUGCAGUGGCCGGCCAGAUCUCCGGCCCUGUGGCUGUGGCCGGCAUCUCUUCUGGCAACCUCUCAGCAGCAGCUGGGAUAGGUGUGGAUGACCUGCGCCGCCUGUGCAUCCUGCGCCUGAGCUUCGUCAAGGGCUGGGGGCUGGACUACCCUCGGCCCUCCAUCAAGGAAACGCCCUGCUGGAUUGAGGUCCACUUGCACCGCGCCCUGCAGCUCCUGGAUGAGGUUCUGCACACCAUCCCCCUCGACGGCCCACGCCCCAUCGAGUGACAGGAGUGACAGCCAGGAGGUGAUGUAGCAGAGGGCAUGCAGGAUGGCUCUUCUUGUUGGGCCUGUCACUGCUCCUCUCGCUGCUUCUGUUGCCCCUGUCUGUACUGUCACCACACGAUGCCGUGUUUUGAAAGAGACUGAGAGAGAGAAAGAGAGAGAGACUGGUUUGCAUGUGUGUGUGUGUGUGUGUGGCUGUCUUUUUUUUUCUCUGCAUAUGUCUCUCUUGUUUUUGUUUUGUUUUUUGGUAUGCUUGUCUGUCUACCUGUCUGUCUUGUUUUUUGUUUGUCUUAUUUGUUAUUUCUAGUGUGUGUGUGUGUGUGUGU